UUCUUGGCAGACGCCUUGCUGGCGGACUUGGAGUCCACCACCUCUCACAUCUCCAAACGGCCUGUGUUCUUGUCGGAGGAGACCCCCUACUCAUACCCAACUGGAAACCACACAUACCAGGAGAUUGCUGUGCCACCCCCUGUCCCACCACCCCCAUCCAGCGAGGCCCUCAAUGGCACAAUCCUUGACCCCUUAGACCAGUGGCAGCCCAGUGGCUCCCGAUUUAUCCACCAGCAGCCUCAGUCCCCGUCACCUGUGUACGGCUCCAGUGCCAAAACUUCCAGUGCCUCCAACCCUCAAGACGGCAUCGGUGCUUCGUGCUCCCGAGCAGGCGAGGAGGAGCACGUCUACAGCUUCCCCAACAAGCAGAAAUCAGCUGAGCCUUCACCCACCAUAAUGAGCUCCUCCCUGGGCAGCAACCUUUCGGAGCUUGACCGCCUGCUGCUGGAACUGAAUGCUGUGCAGCAUAACCCCCCAGGUUUCCCUGCAGAUGAAACCAACUCAAGUCCCCCACUUCCUGGGGCUCUGAACCCCCACUAUGGUGUCCCAGAGAAUAACAGCCCUGUUGGGGGCAAAGCUGGGCCUCUGAUGAAAGAGAAGCCUAAGCGGAAUGGGGCCCGGGGCCUGGAGGAUGUGCGACCCAGCGUGGAGAGUCUCCUGGAUGAACUGGAGAGUUCUGUGCCUAGCCCCGUCCCUGCCAUCACUGUGAACCAGAGUGAGAUAAGCAGUCCUCAGCGCGUCACCUCCAGCCAGCAGCAGACGCGCAUCUCGGCCUCUUCUGCCACACGGGAGCUGGACGAGCUGAUGGCCUCCCUGUCAGAUUUCAAGACCAGCUCCUCCACCGUGGCCCUGAGCUCCCUGGGGCUGCUGCCCAGCUCUGCUCCGUCCUCACACCACUCACUUCCUUCUUCUCCUCCUCUUCCCUUGUCAUCUGUAUUCCUGCCAUCUGCCACUAAACCCUGCCCUCGAGGCCAAGUCCACACCCUGGAGGGCCCCUGCACUAAGCAGAGUGGACAGGGUUUUCUACCCCAUGUGGCUCCCAGCUGGCUUGAUAUGGCCGGUCUUAGGGUGACACCUGACGCCCUCAACUCAAAGUCUCCCUCUGUGGAGGGUUCUCUGGGGCCGUCUGGUACAGAGAGCCAGGCUCAAGAUUGGAGGCAUCUGCCGAACCUCAUGAGUGAGCUCCCUGGAGCUGCUCCCUGCCACACUGUACCCUGUGCUGGGAGUGCAGAUCCCCAAGAGCCUGGAGGCCCUCAGGGGCGACCAGCCAACCCUUUGUGCUCAGAGAAGACCAUGGCUGCCACGUGGGAGCAGCCGUGGACUAUGGAAGUAUUCAGGCCUGAGACUCCUCAUGGAGCUGCUCACAGCUUCCAUGAAGCAACUGAGCCAGCUGUUGUGGCAGUGGACCAUCAGGCCAUCUUUCCAAACACCUGGAACCUCAUGGAGGAACGUGACCCGUGGAAGGAGAGGACAAGGCCAGAGUCAGAGAGGCUGGGAAGCAGCUGCCCUGCUCCAUUUGACAUGGAGCAGUUAGAUAGAGAGAUGCCCAAGAAGGGAAGCCUGGUUGGGUUGACCCAGGAACUCAAGACCCCAAGGAGACCAGAGGGUACCACUGAAGCUGCUAUCGAGGCCAGGGAGGAACAGCCAGAGCUUCCUCGUGCCACGGCCAUGGACACACCCAGGAUCACGGAGAGGAUUUCUACCUCUAGCCAGAUCCGCUCUGUGAUCAGGAGGAGCCGGGAGACUGGCCACGCACACCCCAUGUCCCGGGAGCCCUCCCCUCGCCGCCGGCUGGACCCUGCCACCCUGAGCAGGACCCCAUCCCAGGAGCGGCUCAUCGCGGAGCUGCAGGGUCGGCUGGGCCUCCAGCUGGAGGCGGAGGAGGCAGCAGAGGCCUCUGCCCAGGACUGGCUGACUGAGGGCAUCGUCAUCACUGUGCAGCCACAUGGGAGGCGGGCCGGGGGGCAGAUUGUGGACAAGGUGGCAGGGAGAUGCCAAGGGCUGGGGCUGGGACAGGACCAGGCAGCAGAGGUCCAGGUUCUUUCCUGGCCUCAACGCUGGCUGGAGGGGAGAUUUAGGGUGGUGGGGUGGUUCUUGCGUCUUGUGGCCUUAUGGGGCUGGCCUCACUCUUGGUGCCAGAGUGGGAAGGCCCAUGGGGAGCCUGGGGUGCCCCUCCCCCCACCCCUGUCGGGGGAAGUACCCUAUGAUGAGGAUGUGCAGGGCCUCACCCCUCCCACUCCUGCACCCCACACCGUGAGGUCCGUGGGCUGCCAGACCGACGAGGACCCGCUCUUCCCCCCAAUGCAGGAAGUCAACUGCCCUUAUGCUUUCCUGUGGUGUCUCCCUGCCAUUCCCCUGUUCCCUGACUACCCCUUGGGACUGCCCCAGAUCCAGGGCCUGGAACAAAAAGCGGAUAAGGAGCUGUGCUGGGCUGCCGGCUGGCCUCCGGAUGAUGGGCAGAGCAGCCCUGGAGGGCAGGACGAGGGAGGGGUCACCUGGCCCCUGGUGGAGGUUGUACUUCUUGCCUCAAUCAGCCCAUUUGCCCAGGAGGGAGAAAAGUCUUCCCACCCCACCAUCUCCGCCCUGGUGCUGCGACACCGUACCCUGAGCCUCACAAGUCCUGACCAGUCCCCUUCCUUGUCUCCACAGUUCAUGGCCCAAGGAAAAACAGGGAGCAGCUCACCCCCUGGGGGUCCGCCAAAGCCUGGGAGCCAGCUCGACAGCAUGCUGGGGAGCCUGCAGUCCGACCUGAACAAACUGGGUGUCGCCACAGUUGCCAAAGGGGUCUGUGGGGCCUGCAAGAAGCCCAUCGCCGGGCAGGUUGUGACCGCCAUGGGAAAGACGUGGCACCCGGAGCACUUUGUCUGCACCCACUGCCAGGAGGAGAUUGGAUCCCGGAACUUCUUUGAGCGGGAUGGACAGCCCUAUUGUGAAAAGGACUACCACAACCUCUUCUCUCCACGCUGCUACUACUGCAAUGGUCCCAUCCUGGAUAAAGUGGUAACAGCCCUUGACCGGACAUGGCACCCUGAGCACUUCUUCUGUGCCCAGUGUGGAGCCUUUUUUGGUCCUGAAGGGUUCCACGAGAAAGAUGGCAAGGCCUACUGCCGCAAGGAUUACUUCGACAUGUUCGCACCCAAGUGUGGUGGCUGUGCCCGGGCCAUCCUGGAGAACUACAUCUCGGCCCUCAACACGCUUUGGCAUCCUGAGUGCUUUGUGUGCCGGGAAUGCUUCACACCGUUCGUUAAUGGUAGCUUCUUUGAACACGAUGGGCAGCCCUACUGUGAGGUGCACUACCAUGAACGGCGCGGCUCUUUGUGUUCGGGCUGCCAGAAACCCAUCACGGGCCGCUGCAUCACCGCCAUGGCCAAGAAGUUUCACCCCGAGCACUUCGUCUGUGCCUUCUGCCUCAAGCAGCUCAACAAGGGCACCUUCAAGGAGCAGAACGACAAGCCUUACUGUCAGAACUGCUUCCUCAAGCUCUUCUGCUAGGCGCCCCUGUCCCUGCCUCUGCCCCUCUUCCCCAGCCAGCAUCCCCAACUGCUACUGUGACCCAGAGACCCCACUCGGGGGCGAAGGGGCAAAUCUGAGUGAAACUGGAACCCUUGUCCUCGGCUGGGACAGGAUGGGAAGAGGGCCAUGAGGGACCCUGUCUGCUUGUCUUCACCCCUGCCAGAGCCUCUGGGCCUCUCUCCUCCUGCAGCUCUCCCCAGGCUGUUCAUCCUUUGUCCUCCCCAGAGGUGGCGGCUGGGGGCCCCACUCCACCCCACAUGUGUCCUCGUGAUCUGGCCUGGCCAGGCCAGCACCCCACACUGGAGCCAUCUCUUACUCAUAUUUCAGCAGUGGAGUUGGGGGAGGGGGAGAGCAGGCAGGGGUCUCUUUUUAUCCCAUUUUUCCCCCAACUUAAUUGUCCCUGUUCUUAGAGUAUUGAGGGACACUAGCUCCCUCCAGACAAUGCCAGCAUAAACCCAUCCAUCCAAGGGCAGAGACCCCAAGGGGCCACGGAAGGUUCCCUGUGCUCCUCCUAUCCUUCCA